AUGUUCAGUAGCAAGAGGCAGCAACCAUCCAACAGCUUCUCCUCUCGAUAUGGAACAGGAAAAUCCACAAAGCCCAAGUCUUCAUUCCGCGAACAAUCUGUCACCCGGGGUCUCCAGCGCUCCGAGUCGAUGAGGUCUCAUAGAAGGGAACACAGCACCCAUACCAGUCCACCAGUUGGCAGUACCCUCACCUCCGCCAUCAUCACCAUCUGCGUCGGUCCCGAGCAGAGACUCUUUGCCGGCCACGAAGAGGUUCUCGCCCGCUCCCCUUUCUUCGAGGCCGCCUGCAAGGGCCAAUUCUUUGAAUCCAACGCCAGAAGGAUCAACUUGCCGGACGAACAGCCAGAGAUCCUGUCUGCUGUUCUGGAAUACCUCUACAGAGGAGACUACUAUCCAAAGCUGUUGCACAACAAGAAAAAGGAUACCUGGGAGUUGGAAGACGAAGCCAACGGGUCCAAUGUGACCAUAUAUCACCAUGCAGCCAAACAGACCCUCAUGAGGGAUACGGUCAUCUACUGUUCUGCCGAACUGUACGGGCUUGAAGAACUCAAACGCCUUGCCCUUCGCAAACAAGGCCUGCGACAGGGCAUGCAGAUCUCUACAAUCCUUGCGUCGGCACGUUACGCUUACAGCCACACGCCCGACUCAGACUCGAAGCUUCGUGCCCAGUACCUCACCUUGAUCAUCCGCAGCCGCAACAACUUCAAGAAGAGCGGCACCAUGAAAGUCGAAAUGGAGCAAGGCGGCACCCUAUUCUUCGAUCUUUUCGUCGCUAUGUGCAACCAUAUGGACGACCUCAAAACACUCCGCUCACCCUUCACAUCACCAUUUACUCGCUAG